CCCAGCUUUCCGCGGAUAAUGGCGUUCGAGCUGGGUCUGUGAGGAUGAAAUAGGAGUUGGCCAGAGGGAGAGAGAGGGACUCUAGGCCUCGAGAAGAGCACGUGCAGAGGUUCCGUGACACGAAAACGCCAGAACUGGCUGACUCUUGGGUGCUUGGAGACACUAUAUAAAUAAGGAACUCUGGCUGUGUGCAUUGGAGAGGAUAUUAACAGGGCUUGGCCUGGCUGUGAGGUGCAGAGAUGCUGUUUCUCUCAGGCCCAGGCACAGAACACUUGGCUCCAUUGCUUAACUGUUUCCUUGCCAGCACGAACCCCCAAACUCCAUCUCCCAACAUGCCGCGGGCCCCCCUUCUGUCAGCCUGACUCUUGAGCUCCUGAGAAAUGUAGUUUUUCCAGCAGCCCAGCCCCAGAAAGGGCCUAGCCGUGAACUACAGUUCCCAUGUGGCAAUGCGCGCGCCAUUCCGGUGGAAUUCACCGCGGUCUCCAGUUUGCCGUGAUGGAUGCCAGAACCUGCCCCUGGGGCUUGGUGAAGCGGUGACUGAGAUGCUGGAGUCCCCGGUGAGAAGGACGAUGCCGAGCGCGCCGUAUUUUCUCCUGUCCUCAGACCGCCGCCGCUGUUGGGCUGUGGAGACGUCUCAACCAAAGUGGAGCCGACAGAAGCCCCGGGAGCCGUGGUGACAGCGGCGACAACCACUAGGGGGCGCGAGGCAGAGGGUCCCCUAGUCCGCCCCUAGUCCGGGACCUCUAGGCGGUCCAGGCGAGAAGCGCACGCGCAAACGCGGGGCUUCGCAGCCUCUGUAAACACCAAAGAGCGCCUGCGCAAGCCGAGAGUCUCGGGAUCGACACGUGGGGGCGCCUUAGCGAAGAUAACCGUAAUAAAUAGUAACCUAACGGUCCAGUCAUCGUUCUGUGGUCCUUUCUUUUAUGAUUCACAAGGAAUGACCCUCUUCAUCGCCUCUCCUAAUUCAGUCCUCACAACAGCCCUUUUACAAAUGGGACAACAGGUUAGAGGAAGUCAGGCAGAGUCCCAGCAUCAUAGAGGGUAAAAGGCCAGGGAAGGAUCAGGAUUCAAGGACUGCACCCAGGCUCUGCUUCCAGCUUGCUGUGUGGCUGGGUAAUUUUGUUCCCUUAGGGACCUGAGCUUUCUCAUUUGUAAAUGGGAACAGGCUGUUGGGAGGAUCAAAUGAGAUCCAGGGGUGAAAACAGCUUAGUUACUUUCGGGAAUUUACCCACGCUGUAUAUAAAGGCAAAAUAUUAUUAUAGUCAGGUGAUUGUAGAUUGAGGAACCCAUUUCCUCAUUCUGCAGAUUGCAAACCUGAGGGCCCCAAGAGGGACAGGGGCUUGCCCCAGGUCUCAGCAGGCUGUGAGCAAGAGCUAAAGCCUAAUCCUCCUGCCCUUGGGCCUGGAGCCCUUCCUUGUACCCCAGGGGCCAGUGUCUUUGUUGGAUACAGGCUUAGAUUGACUGACUGUACCCUGAGAACCUAGGGGAGUCCCUGUUCCCAAUUCUUCUUCUACCCCCACCUUGGCCUGAUGGAGGAAGACCCUGCUGUGUCGAGAUGACCAUAAGAGGAAGGAAGCUGAGGAGGAUCUGGAAAAUUCUGGAGGAAGAGGAGAGUGUUGCUGGAGCUGUACAGACCCUGCUUCUCAGGACCGUAGCCCAGGUCCCAGGAAGGUGGCGUCAGCAUCUGCAACCGCGUCGACGUUGUCGGAGCCUCCGCGGAGGACCCAGGAGAGCCGGACUAGGACUAGGGCCCUGGGCCUCCCCACACUCCCUAUGGAGAAGCCAGCGGCCUCCACAGAGCCCCAAGGGCCUCGGCCGGUCCUGGGCCGUGAGAGUGUCCAGGUGCCCGAUGACCAAGACUUUCAGAGCUUCCGGUCAGAGUGUGAGGCCGAGGUGGGCUGGAACCUGACCUACAGCAAGGCUGGGGUGUCUGUCUGGGUGCAGGCUGUGGAGAUGGAUCGGACGCUGCACAAGAUCAAGUGCCGGAUGGAGUGCCGUGAUGUGCCAGCCGAGACACUCUACGACGUCCUACACGACAUUGAGUACCGCAAGAAAUGGGACAGCAACGUCAUUGAGACUUUUGACAUCGCCCGCUUGACAGUCAACGCUGAUGUGGGCUAUUACUCCUGGAGGUGUCCUAAGCCCCUGAAGAACCGUGAUGUCAUCACCCUCCGCUCCUGGCUCCCCAUGGGCGCUGAUUACAUCAUUAUGAACUACUCAGUCAAACAUCCCAAAUACCCACCUCGGAAAGACUUGGUCCGAGCUGUGUCCAUCCAGACGGGCUACCUCAUCCAGAGCACGGGGCCUAAGAGCUGCGUCAUCACUUACCUGGCCCAGGUGGACCCCAAAGGCUCCUUACCCAAGUGGGUGGUGAAUAAAUCUUCUCAGUUCCUGGCUCCCAAGGCCAUGAAGAAGAUGUACAAGGCGUGCCUCAAGUACCCCGAGUGGAAGCAGAAGCACCUGCCUCACUUCAAGCCGUGGCUGCACCCGGAGCAGAGCCCGUUGCCGAGCCUGGCGCUGUCCGAGCUGUCGGUGCAGCAUGCGGACUCACUGGAGAACAUCGACGAGAGCGCGGUGGCCGAGAGCCGAGAGGAGCGGAUGGGCGGCGCGGGCGGCGAGGGCAGCGACGACGACACCUCGCUCACCUGAGCGCCGCACCGCUUCAGGGACGGAGACAGGACCGGGCGAGCCCUGGGGCGGCGGCUACUCCUGCACUUUCUCCCCUCCCCCACCCGGCGCCUCCUGGUGGCACUGGGCCGGGCCCAGGCGGGCGCUGCAGCCUGGCUGGACACAGCCCCAAUAAACGAUCCCCAGCCUCA